CUUACAAAAUACGUUUGUUUCAGGUAUGUCGGACUGGGAGAGGAAAGUUUACGAGUAUUCAUUGCGUAGCGGUGGAAUCGUGACAGUUUUCAUUGGAACACACCCGUUCUAUUUUCUAUCCGAUCCUAAUGACAGUUUACAAGUCGCCAACACAUGUUUAAGCAAACCAUAUGUGUAUAAUUUUGCCAAAGAACUGUACAAUAAUGGCCUAAAUACUGCGGAAGAGUCAACAUGGAAACGUCACCGUAAGCUACUAAAUCCUGCUUUUAACAUCCAAAUACUAAACUCCUUGCUGGAUGUUUUCAACGAUCAGGCACAGAGACUCGUAGCUCAGUUGGCUACCGAAACAGGGAAGAAUGACAUUGAUUUGGAAACACAUUUGUCGAAUCAUUUUAUAAAAACCACUUGUCAUACAACGCUUGGACUAAGCCCUGAUGAUGGUGCGAUAAUAAAAGACUAUGCUUCAGCAACUCAAGAGCUGUACAGCAUCUAUCUUCAAAGGGCAAUUAAGUUCUGGCUUCAUUUACAGUGCAUCUUCAAUAGAUGUUCUCUAAAGAAAAAACACGACGUACUAGUCAGAACAUUGAAAGAUAUUUCAGAUGAGGUGAUAUACAAACGCAAAUUGCAAAUUAAACAAGAUAACAAAAAAUUACCAAAAAGCUGUGAUCAAAACUCAGAUAAAUUCCGACCUCUGUUGGAUCGAAUGCUGGACUUUACGGGCACAGAAGAUGAAUUUGCUGAUGAUGACAUAAGAGACCACGUGAACACAAUGGUAGGAGCUGCUUACAGUACAAGUGCCAAGUCUAUAUUGUUCACUCUGAUUUUAGUUGGAUGUCAUGACGACGUCCAAUCUAAACUGUUUAAGGAGUUGUAUGAAGUAUUGGGAGAUGAAGGCAGAAACUUGAAUAAAUUUGAUCUUCAGAAACUAGUUUAUCUAGAAGCUGUCAUAAAAGAGAGUUUGAGGCUUUACCCGCCAGUGCCAAGAGUAGCCCGACUCAACCAAUCUGAAGUCAAACUAAAAAAUUUCACAUUACGAGCUGGCAGUACCUCCGUAAUAUCACUUCACGCUAUCAACCGGCAUCCGAUGUGGGGCGCGGACGCGGACCUGUUCAGACCUGAGCGAUGGCUGGACCCCGCCUCACUGCCUGACAAUCCUAAUGCUUUCGCCAGCUUUAGCUUAGGCAAAAGGAACUGCAUAGGUAAAAUACAAGCAAUGAUGAUGAUGAAGAUAAGUCUUGCACAUAUUUUACUAAAGUACUCCAUUACGAGUACUUCGGCGGAGUUAAAGACACAAUACGAUUUACUCCAAAGCCCAGCGAUGGGAUACAAAAUAAACAUACAACUAAGGAGAUAGUCAAAGGAAAAUGAUACUCACCAAUAUUAUUUUAGUGACAUCCUUAUUUUUUUUUUAUCAGACUCAAGUUGAAAUUAUACAAAACAGGUUUUUAUUAUAUUUAAAUAAAAAAAAACACUUC